AUGAACGGACAAAUAACACGUUUAGGAGAAAAAUUUCGUGGUAGUAUCAUUAGAUAUGCAUUAAAGCCUGAUUCUGGUGUCUACAUACUUGGACAAUUAGGAACAGAAGCUAGUCUAAAUGUACUUGAGCUAGUUUGGUAUCAUCGGGCUCCUUUGGUUGCUUCAGAAGGUUGGCUAGUGUUAGAACCUAACUAUCGACGAUCAACAGGUUAUGGUGAUGAAUUUCUCAAUGAAAUUCGUUAUAGACCUUUAUCUCGACUAGGAAAAGAUAUUCUUUGCGGAGUUGAUCAAUUAAUUAAAGAUGGAAUUGUUGAUCCUCAAAGACUUGCUGUCGGUGGUAUAGUUAUGGUGAUUUUUUAA